GUGCCUGAACUGGGAGUGGCUCCCAACGCAGGCGCGCGUCGUCCGGAGUAGAGGUCCUCACGCAGGUCCUGGGGAUUCUACUUCCCGCGAUGGGCCGCAGGAGGGUACCGCGUAGAUCCGGGGCCGAAGGCUCCCGUACCCGGCGCCCCGCGGGCUGCUCCCUAGAGGCCUUUGCUGAGGAGGUGGGCGCCGCACUGCGCGCGUCCGUGGAGGCACAGGUGGCGGAGGACGAGGGCAGCUCGGGUCCUGCGCGGCUCCCUUGCACGCUGGCCAUGUGGGAGCUGGGCCACUGCGAUCCCCGGCGCUGCACCGGCCGCAAGCUGGCCCGUCUGGGUCUGGUGCGCUGCCUACGCCUGGGCCACAGGUUCAGUGGCCUAGUGCUCAGCCCCAUGGGCUCCCAGUACGUUUCCCCAGCUGACAGACAGCUGGUUGCACAGUCAGGGGUGGCUGUCAUCGACUGCUCCUGGGCCAGACUGGAAGAGACACCGUUUGGGAAGAUGCGGGGGAGCCACUUCCGGCUGCUGCCUCACCUAGUGGCCGCCAACCCUGUGAACUAUGGCCGGCCCUGUAAACUGUCCUGUGUAGAGGCUUUUGCAGCCACCUUCUGCAUCCUGGGCUUCUCAGACCUUGCUGUCAUUUUGCUGCGGAAGUUCAAGUGGGGCAAGGCCUUCCUAGACCUGAACCAUCAGCUCCUGGAGAAGUAUGCAGCCUGCAGCAGCCCGGAGGAGGUGUUGCAGGCAGAGCAGGAAUUCCUGGCUCAUGCCAAGGAGCUCCCCAAGGAGGAAAUCGAUCCCUUUGAUGUAGAUUCAGGGCGAGAGUUUGCAAACCUCAACAGGCCUGUGGCUGGCACACGGCUACCCACAGACAGCAGUGACAGUGACAAUGAGGAUGAGUCUGAGGAACACGGGCCUGAAGCCAAGGAUGGAGGAGGCGGCUGCAGCAGCAGCAGCUGCCCAGAAGAGGAGGAGAUUCUGGAGCAAGGGGCCGAGGCCAGUGCCCCCACCGAAGUUUGGAAAGGAAUCAAGAAACAUCAGAGACACUGAAAGUUCCAGACAUGUAUAUUUUUUGAGGUGGGGUAAUGAGGAAAUCUAGAGACAGCCGUGGGACUUGUGGGAACAAAGACAAGCCUGGCAGCCUUGGCGCCUUGCAGCUCCAGGCAGCACUGGACUCUGUCGGGUUCUCUCCCAAAGCUAUCACAGCCUUUCUCUGGGUCCCGCCUCAGAGCCCCCAAUGAAGCUGCAGGCAAGGAAA